AUGGAGACCUUAUUCAUUUAUUUGGUGGUCAUAAUAAUGGCAAUAAAAGCCCAGAAGAUCCAAAUAUGCCCCAAAAGAUGUAUUUGCCAAGUGCUGUCCCCUAAUUUAGCCACCUUAUGUGAUAAAAAGGGGCUGCUUUUUGUCCCACUCAACAUUGACAGACACACAGUCGAACUUCGACUAGGCGACAAUUUUAUCACAACCAUUAAACGCAAAGACUUUGGCAACAUGACCAGGCUUGUAGAUCUGACACUCUCCCGGAACACGAUAGGUUCUAUUGUACCCCACGCUUUCAAUGACCUGGAGAACCUGCGAGCCCUGCACUUGGACAGCAACCGCCUGACACGAAUCACAAACGACACAUUUAGCGGCAUGUCUAAGCUUCAUCAUCUAAUUCUAAACAACAACCAGCUGACAUACAUCCACAUAGGAGCCUUUAAUGAUCUCCUUGCUCUUGAAGAACUUGACCUUUCCUACAACAAUCUAGAAAGUGCCCCCUGGGUGGCUAUCCAGCUUAUGACCAGCCUGCAUACUUUAAGUCUGGAUCACAACAUGAUUGAGUAUAUACCAGAGGGGACAUUUUCAGGCCUCAUGAAGCUCAAGCGCCUAGAUGUCACAUCCAACAAGCUCCAGAAACUCCCACCAGAUCCAGUCUUCCACCGUGCAGGUGUUUUGGCCACAUCAGGUGUUCUUGGUCCAACAUCAUUUGCCCUGAGUUUUGGUGGGAACCCAUUGCGCUGUAACUGUGAGUUGCUGUGGUUGAGGCGUCUGCGGCGGGAGGACGACCUCGAGACCUGCGCUGCUCCACAGCACCUUGCUGGUCGGUACUUCUGGACUGUGUCUGAGGAAGAGUUCCUGUGUGAGCCACCCCUCAUUACACGUUACUCCCAAGAGACACGUGCACUAGAGGGCCAACAAGUUACGCUGCGCUGCAAAGCCCGAGGUGAUCCAGAUCCAAUUAUUCAUUGGAUUGCUCCUGAUGGAAGACUGGUCUCCAACUCAACCCGAACAGUGGUGCACAAUGAUGGGACACUAGAUAUCCUUAUCAGCACAGUGAAAGACUCUGGGUCAUUUACCUGCGUAGCAUCCAACCCUUCCGGUGAGGCUCAGCAGACUGUUCAUCUGCAAAUCACCAAACUGCCACAUUUCAGUAACGACACAAGCUUGGUACAGGAACCCGACCCUGGCUCCUCAGACAUUGCUACAUCCACCAGGACAGGUGGGGAAGGAGGAUCUGCUAUUGGAAGCACAAAAUCUGGACAGGAAAAACGGGUGCUGGUGUCUGAAAUCACGUCCUCCUCAGCGCUGGUCAAAUUUAACCUGCAACGGAAGAUUCCAGGGAUUCGGAUGUUUCAGAUCCAGUACAAUGGAACGUAUGAUGAUUCUCUAGUUUACAGGAUGAUUCCACCAACCAACCAAAACAUCCUGGUCAACAACUUGGCAGCUGGGACGUUUUACGACCUCUGUGUGCUUGCAAUUUACGAUGAUGCGAUGACCGCUCUGACGGCUACCCGCGUGGUGGGUUGUGUUCACUUUUCCACUGAACCUCAGUACCUUCGAUGCCACUUCAUGCAAUCUCAGUUCCUCGGAGGAACCAUUGUUGUCAUCAUUGGCGGCAUAAUCGUGGCCUCAGUCCUGUCCUUCAUCAUCUUCCUUAUCGUACGUUAUCGAGUGUGCAACCAGGAUGGAGAGGACAAAAGGGUGGAGCUUGGAGAAAUCCGCGCUCAGUCAAGAAACGAGCAGCUGCAGGUCUGCGGCAUCAUUAAGUCCAUGUCUAAGCAGGUUCUGGGGGUGGAAAUGGACGCUUGUCGUAAGGUUUCCCCACAGAUGGAGACAGGGGGGCCCAUGUCAGCACCCACACCUGGGCCUCGAUCCUCCAAACCUGCCCUUCCUGACUGCACUGUUACUACCUCUGCUGCCAGUCACAGCUGGCAUCCUGCCUCCCCCAACACUCGCCGCACCACACAUGCUGCCUCUCAUAAACCUGCAGUCGCCCACAAAGCAGACCAGAUCAGCGUGGACCUAGACAACUCCAACAAAAACAACUCGGCCAAGGUGCGCCCCAAAUCUGCACAAAUCCGGUCCUAUAAUACUAUGGUGACGCCCGUGUCCAGGAGGGCACAGAUUGACUCUUCACACUAUAUGACUGUUCCAGUGGGGUGUAUAAGAGUGAGCCGGAGGCACUCUCUGAAUGUAGACUCCUCCAAGCAGCCCAGCUAUGGGAGUGUCCAGCAGCAGAUUGGCAGCCUUCGAUCUAAACGUAGCCUGUCAAUGAGCGGUGGAGAUCUGCCCCAGCUGGAAAGUUUAGCCAAGAUCCAUGGGAAAGGAUCACUGUCCAGGUCAGAGUGGGUUCUGGAAAGCACACUAUAAUGCAGCUUUUUAUAACCUUAUUACAAUGGUUUUUGGUAGACUUACGGACCAUUUUAUGAUUAGAGAUCAGACUGCAGACUUUUUUAAAGUAUUCAGUUUCUGUCUUGGAUGUGGCUCUCUUGCACAGUAUGAAAAAUGGUAACAUAACAGACUGAUAAAUGGAUUUUAAAUACAAACAUAAUAGCAUUUUCUGCAUAUAUUAAAAUAAUGAAAUCGAUAAUGUAUAUUACUUUGUUAUAUGGAGUAAUCCGCACAGUACAUCCUGUACAAACAUGUUGCGUUGUGUAAAAUAAAAUGUGAAAAUCC